AUGGCUUCUCGGCGCUUAGCUUUCAACCUCAAUCAGGCUCUCCGCAGCCGCUCGGCUUUGAAGUCCAUCCAGCCCGUGAAGCGAGGCUUUGCGUCGCCGGUCUUGCCGUCCACCACCCAGUCCACCACCCUCUCCAACGGGUUCACCAUUGCCACGGAACACUCCCCAUGGGCUCAGACCUCGACGGUCGGCGUGUGGAUCGAUGCCGGUAGCCGGGCAGAGACUGACAAGACGAACGGAACCGCGCACUUCCUCGAGCACCUUGCUUUCAAGGGCACCAACAAGCGAUCGCAGCACCAAUUGGAACUCGAGAUCGAGAACAUGGGUGCUCACCUCAACGCCUACACUUCGAGGGAGAACACCGUCUACUAUGCCAAGUCCUUCAACUCCGAUGUUCCCAAGGCCGUCGACAUCCUCGCCGAUAUCCUGCAGAACUCGAAGCUGGAGCCCGGUGCCAUUGAGCGUGAGCGCGAUGUGAUCCUGCGCGAGCAGGAGGAGGUUGACAAGCAGCUCGAGGAGGUUGUCUUUGACCACCUGCAUGCCACCGCUUUCCAGCGCCAGCCCCUCGGCCGCACCAUCCUCGGCCCCAAGGAGAACAUCCAGACCAUCUCCCGGGACAACCUGACCGACUACAUCAAGACCAACUACACCGCCGACCGUAUGGUCCUGGUUGGUGCUGGUGGCAUCCCCCACGAGCAGCUCGUGAGACUGGCCGAGGAGCACUUCGGCUCCCUCCCCAGCAAGCCCCCGACCUCCGCUGCCCAGGCUCUCACCGCUGAGCAGAAGCGCACCCCCGAGUUCAUCGGCUCCGAGGUGCGGGUCCGCGACGACACUCUCCACUCGGCUCACGUUGCGCUCGCUGUCGAGGGUGUCAGCUGGAAGGAUGACGACUACUUCACUGCUCUGGUUACCCAGGCCAUCGUCGGCAACUGGGACCGUGCCAUGGGCCAGUCGCCCUUCCUGGGAAGCAAGCUCAGCUCCCACGUCAGCCACCACAACCUCGCCAACAGCUUCAUGAGUUUCUCCACCAGCUACAGCGACACUGGUCUCUGGGGUAUCUACCUUGUUUCCGAGAACCUGACGCAGCUUGAUGACCUGAUUCACUUCACCCUGCGCGAGUGGACUCGUCUCUGCAACAAUGUCAGCGCCGCCGAGGUCGAGCGCGCCAAGGCUCAGCUCAAGGCUUCCAUCCUCCUCUCUCUGGACGGCACCACCGCCGUCGCCGAGGACAUUGGCCGCCAGAUCAUCACCACUGGCCGCCGCCACAGCGCCGAGGACAUUGAGCGUGCUGUGAGCCAGAUCACCGAGAAGGAUGUCAUGGACUUUGCCACUCGCAAGCUGUGGGACCAGGACCUCGCCCUGAGCGCCGUCGGCAGCAUUGAGGGUAUCUACGACUACCAGCGCCUCCGCAACGACAUGGCCCGCAACCUGUCGUGA